AUGGACUCCCUGCAUUUAAAACCGCCUACAUACGUAAGGAAAAGAAAUGGAAGUCUGGAUUCAAAUUUAUUUAGCAAUAGUUAUUGGUUCAAUCAAGAAAAGUUUGAACGGUCAUCACGUUCGCAUGAUGAUACUUUUGUAAUUGCAUUAAUUGGAAAACCUUCCGUAGGAAAAUCAACAAUAUUAAGAACUGGUUUAAAAAAUUUAUCACCAAUAACAAAUGUUGGAGUUGAACGAAAUAUAUUAUUUGCCCCUACAUUAAUUACAGAAAUUGAAGUUGAUGAUAAAUUAUAUCCUGUAGAAGUUUUGGAAAUCUUGGAAAAUGUAUUUGAUAUGAAAUCUGAGUUACGAUGGCCAAGGGAUUUACCGGGAAUUGACGGUGUCAUGAUUUGUUAUGAUGUGACCAAUCGUGCAUCAAUAGCAAAUAUUGCAUGGUUACUAAAUGCAUUCAGAGAUUUUCAUGUUCCUUCAAUAUUGGUUGCCUGUAAGGCAGAUUGUGAUCCUUCAAAACAUCAAGUAGAUACACAAUAUGGUCCAAAACUUGGUGAUUUGUUUAAUGUUGGAUUCGUUGAACUUGAUACGAGAACAGAACAAGGAAUACAUAAGAUACAUGAUGUAUUUUCUAUGUUGUUAAGGUUAUCAAUAAGGCAAAGAGAAUUCACACGGAAAGAUGAAAUCCAAAAAUUAAAAAGUAACAUUAGUAACGCUUCAACUGAUUCGGUAUAUAUGCAAAGCAUCAGUAGUGACGCUGAUUCCGAAAAGCAUGUUUUAAGUCACAGAAGAUCCUCAAGUGACCAAAGUCACGAAAACAGGGGAAGGAAUAGACUUUCAAACCUAUCAGCUGUCAAAUUUAUGAGUUCACGUUACACCAGUAGAUUUGGCACAUCAAAAUCAAAACAAAAAUCUCAUUCUCCAUUGAGUAAAAGAAUUAACAAGGACGAAGAAUCUUUACCGGCUUGUUCUCAUCCUUGUCCCAUAGAAUCAAAUGCUGCUCCAUCAUUCGCAAUUACUCCACCACAAACGCCUCCCACAAAUUCUAUCCUAUCUCAAUCCUCUUUAUCUUCAACUUCAACUUCUUCAUGUUUACAUAAACCAUCAGAAAGAAAUUCUCAUCGACGAUCAUUUCUUCCAUCAUCAACACUUUUACAAGUCAUGGAAACUGAAGAAGAAAAUGCACCCACCAGAGAUUAUAACAGAAUUUCUUUCAGUAGUUAUGAUUCCACAAUUAGUUCUGCCAGUUCAACUUGGGAUGGUUUUGGCGAAGUUAAUGAAUUAACAUCUGAAAGGGAACUUAACAAAUGUGCCGGAAAUAAAGAUGAUGGUAUGACAGUUGACGAAUUGAUUCAGAGAUUAACGAAAGGAGGUCAAUAUGGAAAACUUGACGAUCCUUUUAUGAUAACGUUCUUUACUAUAUAUCGAAUAUUUAUGAGACCUCGAGAUGUUCUCAUAAAGUUGAUGCAUAGGUUUAGAGAAUGCGAAAGAGACAUGGAUGAUCGAAGAAAUACAACACAUGAAAAAAUAUGUAAUUUGCUGUAUCAUUGGAUAACACAACAUCCUCAUGAUCUCAUUCAUCCACAAACACGAAAAUUGAUGUUCCAGUUUCUUGAUAUCAUAAAGAACAGUUCUCAUUUAGCUUAUUACGCAAAUAUUCUCACUCCAUUAAUAAAUGGUACAGUGCCUAACGAAGAUCUUGACGCAUUAUGGGGUUAUAAAGAUUUGGAUGAUGAGGAAUUGAAUGAAUCUGAAUUUGAUAUACAUCAGCAAAAAGUGACUGACAUUAUUUCAGCAUCAAGAAAUCCAAAAAAGGAUAGUGGAAUUGGAAGUUGGGUAUUUGUUGUUUCCAAUGGUUUAGAAGGAAGACCAAUGAAUCAAAUGACAUUUGAUGAAUUACCUGAGAAAUCCAUAUCUAAUGAAUUAACCUAUCAGGAAUUUCAACUUUUUAAAACAAUUACGGGAAGAGAUCUUUUGAGACAUAUUUGGACUCCACAAAAUAAUGACCUGCGUGUGAAAGGAAGAGUUGCCAAGGUAAUCACUAUGAUAUUAUCCCAAGAAAAAUUGAAAGCUCGUGUGGCCAUGAUGAAGAAAUUUAUGAAAAUUGCAAUAAUUGCUCGAGAAUCCAACAAUUUUAACACGUUAAUGGCUAUAAUUGCAGCAGUAAAUUCUGCACCGAUACUGCGUCUUCGUCAAACGCGUGAAUUGCUCAAAUGUAAAUCUUCGUUUAAAAAGUUUUCCAAUCUUGAGAAUUUGAUGUCAAGUAACAAAUCAUUUGGUAAUUAUCGUUUUGCUGGUGUUCAUUUACAAGAUUUGUUAUCUAUUGGGGAAGGGAAUAGAAAUUUUCAGAAGGAUGGCAGAAUUCAUUGGAAUAAAUUUUCCUUAAUGGGAGAUGUCAUCAAUAUGAUUUGUAGACAUCAAAAAUCAAACUAUAAUAUAAAAGGCAACAACUUAAUUGGAAAGUUCAUAAAUGACACGGAGGUCAUGAACGAAGAUGAAUCAUAUAAUAAAUCUUUGGAGCUUGAACCACGGAUUCAAAGAGCUGCAAGUACAAGUAGAGUUCGACGGCAUUGA